CACUUGCAACAUCAUCUAUCAUGAAGUUUCUGAUUCUCGCCGCUCUGGCCGCCGUGGCCGCCGCCGUCCCCCAGGGAUACGGCGCCCCCCCACCUCGCUACGGCUCCAGCGAGGAGAUCGCCAUCUUGAGGGACGAGCGCGUGAUCGAGGACGACGGAAGGUACAACUUCGACAUGGAGACUGCCAACGGCAUCGUGGCAUCAGAGCACGGCACUCCCGGAGAGAAGGGAGCCAUCAACAGCGCCGGAUCCUUCUCAUACACCGCUCCUGACGGCACUGACGUCCACCUCCAGUACGUUGCUGACGGGAACGGCUUCCAGCCUCAGGGCGCCCAUCUGCCAGUGGCCCCCGAGUUCCCCCACCCGAUCCCUGACUUCGUCCUCGAGCAGAUCGCCUUCGCCGCUGAGGAGGACGCCCGUAAUGCCAAGAGGCCCUCCGUUGGUUACCAGUGAUUGAAUAUUCCUACGUCGAUUUACUAAGUGUGUUGAUAGACAUCCACCGUGUGGAGGCCGGCCGACUAUAUAGCUAAAUGCUUAUUUUAAUUAUUUAUUAAAAAAAUAAAUAUUUAUAUAACUU